UGUGGCCUGCUGAUGGUUUUGGCCAAGUUAGUCUGCGUGUUGGCUUCGGACGAGUCGGUACAACAACGGAUUCCGGAUUAAAAGAGAUCUGAGAGCCCCCAGAAGAGCCGAGAAAAAGUCGAAUCGAGUCGAGUUUGAAAGAAAGAUGCGGAAAAUCGUAUCCGUGAAAACGUAACAAUAAACAACGUCAACCUGCCUAUCGAUUUCAAAACAGAGUGCUGUGUGACACUUUUUCCUUCUAAGAAAAAAAAAAUAAAAAAUAAAAAAAAAUUUAUUAAGAAAAAAACAGGUUGCAAGCUUACCUUGCACUCACCUGUCGUCCGGAUCACCUGGCGGCGGUCAUGCUGCCUUAGUUACUAAACUACAACUAUAAAAAAAAUAAAAAAAAAAUAAAUAAAAAAUAAAUAGAAAGAAAAUUAGAAAAGAAAAAGAAUACUUGAAAUUGUGAAAAUAGUUCUUGAAAGUAACCCCAGAGCUGGCGGAAAAGGAGAAGGAGGUGACGCAGCAGCACCUGGAGGCCUAAAUUGAAUAAAAAAAAGCCAUAACCCAUCCAGGAUGUCGGACAUUUAUUAUUGCAGCAACAGCCAGAUGAAAAAGUCCCGGGAAGCAGAUAAAUCAUCCGCCCCGUUGUCGGUCACAAAUGCAAAUGCCGCCAAUAUGGCGGCGGCGGACAAGAAGAACAACAACAACAACUGCAGCAAUCGCAACAAAGAGAAGAGCAUCCAAACGAAUGGCGGCAACAAAAAUUGGAAGGCCAUCGUCCAGAGUAAUCCCAAUCCCAAUGGAGGAGGCGGUGGCAUAGUGGGCGUGGGUACCACGGCUCAGCCCCCAAAGGUGUUCCACAACACCAGGUGUACCCGUCACCACAAGCCCCAUCACAAUCACAGUCACAGUCACAGUAAUGGCACGGGAAUGGGAGCAGGAACGGGAGCAGCAGUCAUUGGUGGUGCAGGAGCGGUAGCGGGACUUGCCACCUCCACCGGAAAUGGAGUAACUGCCUCCAAUGGCGUCAGUCUGGAUGUUGCCCAGCGGGAGCGGGAGAGAGACAGAGAAAGGGAGAGAGACAGAGAUCGAGAAAGAGAUAGGGAGAGGGAGAGGGAACGGGAUCAUCACCUCCAUCACAUGCACAAUAAUCAUGGAGGUCUCCGCCGGAAAUCAGAGUCCGUACUCUCCACCGACUCGGACAUCCGGUUCACGCGCCGGAAACUGGGCGACGGCCAGAAGUGCGGGUGUGCCGUUAUAGCCGGCUUCCUGAUCGCCCUCCUCGUCGCCGGAGCCUUUGUCUAUGUGGGUUACACCUACUUCCGUCCGGAACCCCUACCCGACCGCGUCUUCCGCGGCAAGUUCAUGGUCCUGAACGACAAGUGGAACAUGGAGCUGGCCAACCAGAACUCGAUGCGGUUCCAGCAUAAGGCCCGGGACUACCGGGAGAGGAUCAACCUGACACUCCGCCGCUCCGAUCUUCGAGAGGCCUACGAGGGCAGCGAGAUAUUGGCCCUAGAUGGGAGCGAGGAGAACAACAACAUUGUGGUGCACUUCAACAUGAUCUUCGAUCCGUACGCCGGAGCCGUGAACAGCGGCGACCUGCUGGCCCUGUUCCACGAGGAGAUGACCCAGCCGGCCCAGCACCGCCGCCACUUCGCCAACAUGACCGUGGACGUGGCCAGUCUGAGCAUCAAGGAGACCACCGGGCUGCUGGAGGAGCCAGUGAUGUCCAGUUCCCCCCUGGGGGGACAUGAUGAGACCACGGAGCCCGUAAUUACAACCACUCCGGCGCCACCACGUCGCUGUUAUCCGCUGGAGCUCUCCUACUGCCGCCAGCUGGGCUACAACAUCACCACCUAUCCGAAUCUCCUCGGCCACUCCAGCUACGAGCAGCUGGCGGAGGAUGUGAUCCUGUUCCGGGAACUGGUGGACGGGGAGUGCCAUCGGGAGGCGUACGACUUUGUGUGCCGGCUGCUCCAGCCCCCCUGCGACACCCACGGCGCCAAUCUCCAGCCCACUCCGGGUCAGAUAUGUCGGGAGUACUGUGAGUCCUUCAUGGCAGGAUGCGGGAGUCGGUUGCCCACGAGAUUCCGGCACUUCUUCGACUGCGAACGCUUCCCGGAGUCGACGGGCACCCAGUCCUGCCACCAGAAGCCCCACUGCGUCAGCGACAUGCAGUCCAAUGUCCAGAGUCCCCGGCUCUGUGAUGGCUAUGCCGAUUGUCCGGAUCUCUCCGACGAAAGGAGUUGCGCCUUCUGCUCCCCCAACGCCCUGUACUGUGGGCGUGGCAGGGCGUGUGUGCCGCGGAAGGCGCGCUGCGACGGCAAGGCGGACUGUCCGGACGGAGCGGAUGAGAAGGAUUGCCUUUCCAUAGCGCCCUUGGCGGCGGAUCUGCUGCACCCGGAACCCAUGGUCCCGUACCUCUCCCGCUUCCACUCCGCCGGCUAUGCCGUCUUCUCCGAGAAGGGUGUGGUGGGGAAGCUGUGCGCCGAGGGACUGGAGGGUGAUGCCAAGCUGGUGGUGCGCCAGACGGUCUCCGAGUCCCUGUGCAAGUCCUUGGGAUACGAGUCCGUGGAGAUAUUCGAUGUCCAGAAUGAUACGGAACUGUUGUCGGACUACGUGCGGGUCCUGGAUCCCCAUGCCCCGGAGAUCAGCUUCAUCCGGACGCACUGCCCCCGCCGGCAGGUGCUCUACGUGGGCUGUGGCGAGCUGCGCUGUGGCGUCCAGUCCGCCCUCUUCAACGCCAAGCAGCACCUGUCCCUGCCCAAGAUGUCCUCGCCCGGGGACUGGCCCUGGCUGGUGGCGCUCUUCCGCGAGGACAUCCACGUCUGCGAUGGGACUCUUAUCUCCCAGGACUGGGUCCUCACCACCGAGGGCUGUUUCCAGGGCCAGCCCCGUGCCACCUGGAUGGCCAUUGUGGGUGCAGUGCGUCUCUCCGCCAAAGCGCCCUGGACCCAGAGGCGUCGGAUUAUCGGGAUGAUCAAGAGCCCCGUGGAGGGAUCGACGGCGGCGCUGGUCCGGCUGGAGACUUCCGUCAACUACUCGGAUCAUGUACGGCCCAUUUGCCUGCCGGAUGCACUGCAGCGACGGAAACUACAGCAGCCGCCGGCCCAGCGGAGAUCCCACGUGGUCCCCGUGGCGGAGCGACUGGAGGGGCAGCCGGCUGUGACCCGGAGUCGCCUCACGCCCGAGAAUCAGCAGUUCUUCCUGAUCCCGUCCCGGGAGCAGCUGGACAGUGCCACGGAGAACAGCGAUGAGGAGGAUCCCGACCGGGAUCUGGAGGAGGAUGGCUUCGGUGGCGAAGCGGCCGCCUCGUUCAUGCCCAAGGCGGAGGCCCUGCAUCAGGAACUGGACGCCUACCCCCUCCCCGACCAUGCCCCGCAAGUGAACUACUACGCGAGUGGAGCGGCGGUCACAUCCGCCUCCUCCUCGCCAGCCGCCCGGACGGCCACCAAGGCGCCCACCCUGCCGGCGGCCCAUCCUCCGGAGCAGAUCUGGACGAACUGCAACACCCUGGGCUGGUCCCGGCAGCGGGAUCACCUCCAGAGGGUCCAGCUGAAGAUCGGGGACAUGGCGCCCUGCGAGAACGUCUCCAUCGCCACCGUCAACUCCAUGUGCAUGGAGGCCACCUACCAGAAGUACGACUGUACGCAAGAGGAGUACUCCGGAGCACCCGUCCAAUGCCUGAUCCCGGGCACCAACCAGUGGGCCCUCAUCGGCGUCUCGUCCUGGAGGAUAGCGUGCGGACCGACGGGCGUGGAGCGGCCCAGGAUGUACGACAAGAUCGCCUCGAAUGCCGCCUGGAUACGGGAGACGAUCAAUGCGGUGUAGCAGGAUCCGCAGGAUAUAGGAUGUAUAUGAUAGCAUUUUUUAUGUAGAAAACAGAGCCGAUCCUACAUGGGUAUUACGAAUGUAAAAAAAUAACGAGAGGAGAUGGAUAACCCCUUGAAAGCGUAACUAACCUGUCCUAAAAUGUUACUACCUAACUCCACUCUCUAUUCUUAAAAAAGUAUACAUUUUUUUUUUGCUGUUUUGUGUAAUAUUUAUUAACUAUGUUUUAAUUGUAUGUUAAAAAAAAAAAAAAAAACAGACGAAAAAGGAAGCAAAUUUUAGUUGUUAGAAAAAAUUUAGUUUAGCUGUUUUGUAGAAAGAUAUUGUUGAAAUAAAAUGAAAUCGCCUAAAUA